UCCCCCCAAUUCUUCGCUUCCCUGAAUCUGUUUGUAUCUGUAAAGAAACAAAGAGUUGUGUUCUUCAUCAAAGACUCGUUAUGCCAAAAAAGGAUCGUAAUGACCGUCUAAAAAGUAAAAACUGAAGCUUUUUGGCUUCAUGUGCCUUGAAAUUUUUGUAUUUUUUAUCAAAAAGAUCUACAAGAUUUUACUCGCUCUUUCUUUUCUCUAUCUGACUUUACCAUUUUGGUGAGAGAAGGGGAAAAAAUAUCGUUUUUUGAUCGACCCAGACAUGGGUUUUCUGCAAGAUCUGAUUUACUUUGAUUGUUAGAUUCAUGGAGUGGAUCUUGUGGCUUUUCUGGUCCAGAUCUUACAUUUGAAACCACUUCUUGGAUUUCUAGGCUUUUUUUGAAGUUCUUUUUUUAUUAUUUCGUUUUCCAGAAUUCCCAAUUAAAAUCUCCAUUGUUGCUAUGUUCAUGUCCUAGGGUUUCUUGGUUUCUGGGUCUUUUUUCGGUGGAAUUUUCUAGAGUUUCUGAAGAUGGGUUCUUUUUCCCAAAAUGCAAUAACUUUGAUCUGAGUGAUAUCGUGUGUUUUCAAUUGACUCAAGAACUUGAAAACUGUUAAUUUUACAAUGUUGAAGCAACUUCUAGGUAAGCUUCCCCGAAAAUCAGUCAAGUCUGAUUCUUUAGAAGAUCCUUCAAAUGAUUUCAGUAAUGGCGGUAUUCAGAGAACAACAAGCUUAAAUGGGGCAUCACCAAGACCAAAUACAGUGAAAAGAACAUCAUCAGCAGUUUUCCCAUCAAGUGUUAUAGCUGGGAUUGAGCCUCUUUUACCCUUCAAAGAUGCUCCAGCUUCAGAAAAGAUGUCACUUUUCAUCAGUAAGUUAAGUCUUUGCUGUAUUGUUUUCGAUUUCAAUGAUCCUACUAAGAACACAACUGAAAAAGAUCUCAAACGGUUAACGUUACUUGAGCUUCUUGAUUUUGUUGCAUCUGGGCCUCCAAGAUUCUCUGAGCCUGCCAUUUUAGCAUUAUGUAAGAUGUGUGCUGUUAAUCUGUUUAGAGUAUUUCCUCAUAAUUCCCGAUCUUCACGAUCUAACAGUGGAGGAGAGAAUGAUGACGAUGAACCCUCGUUCGAUCCCGCUUGGCCUCAUUUACAAAUUGUGUAUGAUAUAUUGCUCAAAUUCAUAACCUCAUCUUCGGUCGAAGCCAAAGUGGCAAAAAAGUACAUAAACCGUUCGUUCAUAUUGAGAGUGCUUGACCUCUAUGAAUCCGAGGAUCCUAGGGAAAGAGAGUCUUUAAAGGCCAUAAUGCAUAGAAUUUAUGGCAAGUUCAUGGUUUAUCGGCCUUUCAUUCGAAAGAGCAUCAGCAACAUAUUUUACCGGUUUGUUUUUGAGACCGAGCGCCAUAAUGGGAUAACUGAGUUGUUAGAGAUUUUUGCCAGCGUGAUCAUGGGGUUUGCGUUGCCUUUAAAAGAGGAGCACAAGAUUUUUCUUUGGAGGGCUUUGAUUCCUCUUCAUAAGCCAAAAUGUUUAGGGGUUUACUUUCAGCAGUUGUCUUAUUGUAUUACGCAGUUCAUAGAAAAGGAUCCAAAGUUAGCUAGCACAGUAAUUAGAGGGUUGUUGAAGUAUUGGCCGAUUACGAAUAGCCAGAAGGAAGUGAUGUUCUUGGGAGAGGUUGAAGAAAUUCUUGAAGCAAUUAACAUGGCCGAGUUCCAAAGAGUUAUGGUUCCGUUGUUUUGGCGUAUUGGAUGUUGCAUUAAUAGUUCCCAUUUUCAGGUGGCCGAAAGGGCGUUGCUUUUAUGGAACAACGAUCAAAUCUUCAAUCUAAUCGCACACAAUCGACAAGUGAUCUUGCCCAUCAUUUUCCCAUCGCUUGAAAUGAAUGUGCAGUGUCAUUGGAACCAAUCCGUUCUUAACUUAACACUCAACGUGAGAAAUGUGUUCAUAGAGAUGGAUAACAUGUUGUUUCUGGACUGCCAUGCUCGUUUCUUGGAGGAACAAGAAAAACAGACUUUGGCCAUGGAAAAGAGGAAGGAGGCGUGGGAUCGGCUUGAGAACGCUGCCAGUCUGCAACCGAUGUCAGGGAAUACGACUGCUGUUCUGGUAACGUCGUGCCACGACUAACAUAACCGUCGUUUGAAAAUAUGUGCGGUUUUUGUAAGUUUUUUCGUUUUUCUUUUUCGGGGAUCAAAAUCAGGUAGCAGGCUGUUGUUUUAACUGUUUUUUUGAUUCAUUCUUGUAAUCUCAGUUCCAUUAUGGAAAUUAGUUGACACCCUUUCCU